UGUUCACAGUGUAGUUUGUUCUUUGAACAAUGUGCAUAGUUGCUUUAAAUUUUGGUAACAACAGUACUCAUCUUUGCAAAGCUCCGGACACUAGAAAAUUGUUACUCCAUACACUAUGCGUAGUUUCAAAUCUCCAAACAUGUGACCAGUUAAACGCGAUUCAGUGGAAGCCGAUUCAGCAAAAAUUGCACCGGGUUAAGCGGGAAUCAGUUGAUAUAAUCCGGUAUUCCGAAAAUGGAAGGCACAGGCUUCCGCAAUUCCGGUGUUGUCGAAGAAAUUGGCAGCAAUAUACAGUACCGCUACACUAAGGAUGACUUUAUUGGGAGGGGAGCGUUUGGAAUAGUUUACAAAGCCAAAGUCAGAAAAGCACUUUUUCGAUUUCGCAUUCCGUCCGAGCCAGAUUUCUUGGCCGUCAAAGUGAUGCAUGUCGGAAUUAAAACUGGAACUGCUUCCGAUCAGGAAAACUGGAUGACCGCUGCGCAGAGACUGAGACAACUUCCCGGACUGAAGCACAAACAUAUCGUACGCUAUCAUAAGUUUUCCAUCACGAAUUCUUCCGGCGGAGUGAUAGUGGAAUUGCCAAUGGAUUAUCAUAAAGGUUAUCUUGCGUCGUUUUUAAGGGAAGUUGAAAAUUCCUCGACGCUUUUGAAAGGGGGAGAAAGUGGGAACAACUGGGAGAAAGUGUUUCAAUUCGCAAAUGACAUGACCCAGGGACUUCAAUUCCUGCAUCGAAAGGGCGAGAAACUGGUGAUCGGCGAUUUAGACGAUCUGGUGCAAAUGAAAGAAAGCGCCACCUGCUCUGCAGACAUUUCCCAGUUACGAGGCACAACGCGCUAUAGGUCACCGGAAAUGCUGAGGUAAUUCUCUCAACAAGAAGCAGAGCGACCAGGACGAAAAACGGAUAUCUGGAGCCUGGGAUGUAUCAUUCUAUCUUCUGGAGAUAGCCGAGAGCGUUGCUCGUGUUCCCAAGAAACAGCUUGUAAAGGAUGGGAAUAUCGUCGAUGCUGGAAGCGCUCUUGAAAAUUACCAGUAUGCAUGCUUGAUAAUUGACGGUUACGUUCCUUCUGUGAGCGACGACAUUGAAGACAAUUUAGCGUGUUUGGAUAGAAGGAAUUAUUACAAUUUAGCAAUUAUUCGACAGUGUUUGGAUAGAAGGAGCGCAAAUCGUUUAUCCACCAGAGAAUUACUGCAGAAGCUACCGAGAAAAGACGUCAUAGUAUUUAUUUUGCUCAGGCAUUCUCAAAAUUUUUGCGUCAUGAUAUUCGAUCCGUUGACUAACUCUGUCAAUGUUCAAGAGGUGGGGGGCGCACAAAAAUUUGAGGGGUAUCUGUACCGCGCGUUAGCGGUUACAGGCAACAAAAUUGUAAUUACGGAAGAGGUACGUCAUGGUGACGUCAAAAAGGUGAAACUCCAUUUGUGGAAUGUCGACGAAGGAACAUGGGUUCAACACGAGGCAGUUCCUUCGUUUGAUAAACGGCCGUCUGCAGUGAUGACUGCGGUAGAGGACAAGGCUUAUUUCUUUGACGAUACCGGAAUCUUUCUAGAAAUGAACAUUUCUACAGGCGAAAAUGCACCUUCAACUCAACCAAAGCAUCGGUAUGGCCUUUUUGUUGAGGCAGCAUACAUUGCAGUCUUAGUAUCCAACGA